CAUGCACCGCCUCCUUGCCCUUUUAAACCCAUUCAUUUCUCCCUUUUGCAUACAUUCAUACCAUUGAGAUUUCUACUACUGUUCCUAAAGAUACAAGCAAGUGAGUGAAAAUGGCGUCAGAGCAAGUGAGAAGGGAUAAUGUUACAAAUCUGAGAGAAAACCGUGCGGAAGGCCAGGAGAAAGCGCCCAAAACGGCGGACCGCCGUCAUGGUACUUCCGCCGAGAAAAUCCACGGCGGCUCCUUCGCCACCGAUGUGCACGGACUCCCCGCCGGUACUAUUCGCGUUACCGGAACCAAUAACACAAGUGGCACUCAGCAGCGUCGCUCUCAAGGCCAGCAGCCUGGUGAGCAGAAGAAGAACAAUCAAGAAAACUGGCCGUCACUGGAGGAAUCCGGGCUACACAGCGCGACGGCGAAGCAGAACACGGCGGAGGCGCUAAGGGCGGCCGAGGAGCGGUACGAGAAGGCGAAAGAACGUGAACGACAGGCUCUGGAUGAGGCAGCAGAGAAGGCUAGAAAAGCCGCCGAAACUAGCUCACAGUAUGCAGCCAGAAAGAGAGAAGAAGCCGAGAGAGAAAGAAACGCCUGCGCCGGGGAAGGGCCAAGGGACAUACAUGGCGGAGUUAAGGCGGAGGAGGGAGGAGGAGGGGUGCUGGGAGCCAUUGGUGAAACUAUAGUUGAAAUAGGAAAGACUGCUCAAGAUCUUGUCGGCGGACUGAAAAUGGCGUCAGAGCAAGUGAGAAGGGAUAAUGUUACAAAUCUGAGAGAAAACCGUGCGGAAGGCCAGGAGAAAGCGCCCAAAACGGCGGACCGCCGUCAUGGUACUUCCGCCGAGAAAAUCCACGGCGGCUCCUUCGCCACCGAUGUGCACGGACUCCCCGCCGGUACUAUUCGCGUUACCGGAACCAAUAACACAAGUGGCACUCAGCAGCGUCGCUCUCAAGGCCAGCAGCCUGGUGAGCAGAAGAAGAACAAUCAAGAAAACUGGCCGUCACUGGAGGAAUCCGGGCUACACAGCGCGACGGCGAAGCAGAACACGGCGGAGGCGCUAAGGGCGGCCGAGGAGCGGUACGAGAAGGCGAAAGAACGUGAACGACAGGCUCUGGAUGAGGCAGCAGAGAAGGCUAGAAAAGCCGCCGAAACUAGCUCACAGUAUGCAGCCAGAAAGAGAGAAGAAGCCGAGAGAGAAAGAAACGCCUGCGCCGGGGAAGGGCCAAGGGACAUACAUGGCGGAGUUAAGGCGGAGGAGGGAGGAGGAGGGGUGCUGGGAGCCAUUGGUGAAACUAUAGUUGAAAUAGGAAAGACUGCUCAAGAUCUUGUCGGCGGACGUGGGAGGAGCAAGUGAAUAAUUGGCGGCCGGAACAGAGAACACAAGUUGGCCUGGUCAUCAUAAUAAGCUUGGAUGCCAAUCCUGCCAUGGAGUGGUUAUUAUAGUCUAGCUAGUACGUUAAUAAUGUAGUAUUUUGUGUAUCAAUAAUUUGAUGCGUACGUGAAAUAAUCAAUCUUUCUCUUAGUAAUAAAGAGUAUAAAUCCUUUUGUAAUUUUAUAUAAUGUUGUCACUAUAAAUUAUAUUUGUCAUUCAUUUA